CGAUCGUCCAAAUACAUACAUACAUACAUUCGUCAAUGUUUUUCACUGAAAUCUGAAGAUUCAUUUGUAAAUCAUACUUCAAAACAUUGUGACGUCAUUACCCAUCCCCCAUCAGCACGCACGUAUUGCUGAUGGGUGCAUGGGUGAUGACGGGGGGAAUCCAUCAUAGCUUGGCUGCUAUGAUGAAGUAGAGUGGACGUCGUGCACGCGCCGUAGUGACCAAGGCGACAACCAAACCUGAUUCCCACUGAUUCACCCCUUGCAUGAAAGAUGGCAGUGUAUCAGUAUAUUUGAGACACUUUGCCCAUUCAAAUGGACUCGGUGGGCUUUGAUUUUGUCAUUAUACGAAACUAAUAUAAUCUAUAUUUUAGUCUGCAAGAAAAUCAUGGCCGCCCUGCGACGUUUGAGAAAGGAAUAUGGAGAUAUUUGUGAAAAUCCAAGUGAACGAUUUACCCUGAAUGCCUGGUCCGAUUCUAACCCAGAUGCGGACGAAAUCGAAUGGCUUGUCAGCAUGGUCGGCCCGAAAAAUACGCCUUAUGAAGGAGGAAUUUUUAAGAUCAAAAUUCGAAUUCCAACCAAAUAUCCCUUUGAAGCUCCUUGUGUAUCCUUCACCACAAAAAUAUUUCACCCCAUUGCUGCCAGCAGUGGUGAUCUGUGUACAUUCUGUCCCAAUAAAAACUGGAGACCGAGCAACAAGAUUCGAAAUGUCAUUGAUGAAGUGUACGAUGCACUAGCGACAUAUACCGAUGAACAGACAAAUAUUUGUCAACUAAAUUUUGAAGUUUACACACAGUUAAGGAAUGACAAAGUCAAGUUUGAUGAAAUCGCGAGGGAAUGGACACUGAAAUAUGCAACCGAACAGGAAUAAUCUAAAUUUAUUUAUAGCUGCAUAAAUAUGUAUAUGCUUCUGUUCAAAAAUAUAUAUACGGUAAUAAUA